CGCGGGCACACGUAUUUAUUGAUUUAAUUUUUAUAGAGGAUCUUCCCAGUCUCUCGAAUUGAUGUUGUCUGGAAAUGGAUUAUGAGGGAGUAUCUCGUCGUCAGGAACAAACUUACCAACCAGACCCAUCCGGAACCCGUCUCAUUCCCGUUGAAGCUGGAGAGGAGCACCACCACGACAAGAAGCCAGUGUUGAAGAAGGAAGAAGAAAAAGAUGAAGGUUACGAAGAGGACGAGGAAGAGAAUGUACAGGACCCUGAGGUCCAUGACGUUCCAAUGUAUGACACUCCGGCGGCUCAAGAGUUUGUUGCUGGCGAAGAGAGCAAAGAGCCACCACUGAAGGCCAAUUUGGGAAGCAUAAACCCAACAUUUCAAGAGGACCCUGCUGCUCCAAAGACCGAAACACUCGGCAAGAGUGACCAGAACCGUGCUACCCAACCCCCGCCAAUUACCAGAGGUGGCGAAGAGAUUGAGACGUCGCCAGUGAUCCAGUCCUUCGAAGCUAUGACCAUCUCCGACCAGCCUCACGUCCAGAAAGAAGAAGUGGUCAAAGAAUCCACUCCCCCGACCGGGACCCCCGACCGGUUCUCCCCAGCGGCGGCGCCAGCCGCAGAAGAAGAUAGGCCCCAACGCAACGAGGGACCCAAGGGGCCUAGCUACACCGAGAAGCUCUCCUCCACCGCGGCCGUCGCCAAGUCCGCCGCCGUGUCGGCGGCGGCAGGGUCCACCGAGUGCUGGAAGAAGAUCGCGUCGACCGUCUGCAAGAAGGUGGCGGAUGCCGGGACGGCCGUGAAGGCAAAGAUGCAGCAGAAGCCAAGCGGGACCACUGGAACGGAUGGCGGUGAUGCGACGGCGACGCAGGAUAAGGGUAAGGGUGUGGGUGAGAGAGAGUACCUGGUGGAGAAGCUGAGGCCGGGGGACGAGGACAAGGCACUGAGCGAGGUGAUAUCGGAGGCGUUUCAGAGGAGGAAGGAAGAGGCAGUGGGGAGAAGAACUCCCAAUGGUAGUUCUCUCUGUUUCCCUUUUCUCACAUCCAAAAAAAGAAGUUGA